GCCCACUUCUUCUGAACGACUUUUUUCUGGUGGGGUCGGCACCAACCAGCCCGGCACCUUUUCCCAGUUACCGGUUUCUUUUUAUUGUGUCGCCAUCUCGGUUCAAGCUGUAUAUGGGUUCAAACAUUAAACUCACGAGCGCCGCCCUUCACCCAAAACAGCAUCCCCUUCCUCCAAUCAUGACCGACGACGCCCAUCCCGCCAGUAAGAAGGCCAGGAUCACUCUACCCUUGCGCUCACAGCUCUUCAUCAACAACGAGUGGGUCGACGCGAAAUCGGGUAAAACGUUCGACACCGUCAACCCCGUGGACGAGACUACGAUUCUCUCGGUGCAGGAGGCCGGGAAGGAGGACGUAGACAUGGCAGUGUCAGCUGCAAAGGCGGCGUUCCAGUCGUGGAAGAACACCGACGCUGGCAAACGCCGCGACCUGCUGCUCAGGUUGGCCGACCUGGUGAAGGAGCACCAAAAGAGGCUGGCAGAGGUGGAGUCCAUGGACAACGGGAAACCGACCCACGUGGCUCACGAUGUCGACCUCGGAUUCGUGAUCGAGUGCUUCAAGUACUAUGCCGGGUGGGCCGACAAGGUCGGAGGUAAGGUCAUUUCCACCACGUCUGGCACCAGCAGCAAGUUCUGCUUCACGUUCCACGAGCCCAUCGGCGUAGUGGGCGCGAUCAUCCCCUGGAAUUUCCCGCUGCUUAUGCUGGCCUGGAAGCUCGGCCCGGCGCUGGCCAUGGGCUGCACGGUGGUGAUGAAAUUGAGCGAGAAGACUCCGUUGUCGGGCCUGCUGAUGUGUGACUUGAUCAAGGAGGCCGGCUUCCCCCCGGGCGUCGUCAACGUCGUCAACGGCCACGGUCCCACGACUGGGGAUUUCAUCGCCAGGCACCCUGACAUCCGCAAGGUGGCGUUCACCGGGAGUUCCGCCGUGGGCCACAAGAUCGUGGAGGCCGCCGGCCAGACAAACCUGAAAAAGGUGACGCUGGAGCUGGGCGGCAAGAGCCCCAUGAUCAUAUGCAAGGAUGCGGAUCUGGACCAGGCCGCGACAGCCUGCCACAUUGGCUUGUUUGUCAACAUGGGCCAGUGUUGCUGCGCCUCCAGCAGGAUCUUCGUUCACGAAGACAUCCACGACAAGUUCGUCGCCAAGGUCGUGGCGAUGGCCAAGCGCUUGCGCACGCAGGGCGACGUGACAUCGGAGACCGACGUGCCCAUCUGCGACUUGGGCCCCCAGGUGGACAAAAUUCAGUUCGACAAGGUACUUGGGUACAUCGAGGCCGGCAAGGCCGAGGGCGCCAAGGUGGCGGUCGGUGGGGGCCGACUGGGCACGAAGGGGUAUUUCGUGCAACCCACAGUCUUCACUGAAGUGCAGGACACGAUGAAGAUCGCCAGAGAGGAGAUCUUCGGACCAGUGAUGCAGCUCCUGAAGUUCAAGACCUUGGAGGAGGCGAUCGACAGGGCCAACAGCACGCACUACGGCCUCGCGGCGGGCAUCUGCACCCGCGACGUGGGCACGGCGCUGGCCGCCGCCAGGAAGCUGGAGGCUGGGACGGUCUGGAUCAACUGCUACGACGACUUCGACAUGGCGGCCCCCUUUGGCGGCUUCAAGACCAGCGGCUGGGGCCGCGAGAAGGGCGAGUACGCGCUCGAGAACUACACGGAGGUGAAGUGCGUCAUGAUGCCUGUGGACUCCAGGAACUGAGAUGCUGUGGCAGAGCGCCCCGCCGCCGGGGCUGAAGAGAGAGGACGUGGCGGAUGAGGAGGAUAAACAAUCACUCGCUACGAAAAGCUGGUCCAUUGAGUGGAGGAGCAUCGUCGCCCAUCGGAGGCGAUGAAUAAUCCAGGGAAUCCGUCGUAAUCCUUCGACGGUCGCCUGUGUAGGCUGUGCCUGCACGACCAAGUCUCGCAGCCCGGCUCACCGUCUGGAGCGAACCGCCCGCGUGGCGGUUGGGCUGUGUGCCCCGGGUUUUUUGCAGGAGGUGCUGGCUGUUGGCCGCGCCAUCUGACUACGGUUUUGCCUUGCGGCCCAGCUGCCGCAUCGUUUUUGUUGAUUGCGAAGGCUUCAACAUUCAGGAUUUCAAGUAUUCGGUGCCCUACGUUCGACGGCAUUCGAUAUUUGGGCGGAUCGAACGAAACGUGGUGAGCCAUGGGCAAAGAAAAGAACCCGGGUCUCAUUCCAAGUCGUUCUUGUCA